CCCCGCGGUCGCGUCUCCGCCAGUGGUUGGCCAGCGUUUCCGGCAGCGUUUCCGGUGCCAUAUAGCAGUGCGGGCACGGGCGGUGGUUGGAUUCGAGGCUGCGGCGCUGUGAACCGGCGGGAUGAAGCGCGGCCCCGAGAAGCUGGGUGGGCAGCCCCGUGCCAACGGCUGCAGCCUCACCGGACACGGCUGCGGUCUGAAAAACGGCUACGUGCGAGGCUUCUCCGGGGCCGAGCCCCACAGCCAGAUUCAUCACAUUGCCCACAAUGGAGGCUUAUAUACAAGACCUUUCAAUGAAGCUUUUGAGGAAACACCAAUGUUGGUUGCUGUACUGACUUAUGUAGGCUAUGGUGUCCUUACUCUUUUUGGAUAUCUCCGGGACUUUCUGCGUUAUUGGAAAAUUGAGAAAUGUCAUAAUGCAGCAGAAAGACAAGAACAAAAGGACUUUGUUCCUCUGUACCAGGAUUUUGAGAACUUUUAUACAAGGAAUCUCUACAUGCGCAUUAGGGAUAGCUGGAACAGACCUCUCUGCAGUGCUCCAGGAGCUAAAAUAGACAUCCUGGAGCGUGUUAGUCAUGACUACAAUUGGACAUUCACGUACACAGGAAAAGUAAUAAAAGAUGUAAUUAAUAUGGGGUCGUACAACUACCUUGGAUUUGCUGAGAAUACUGGAGCUUGCCAUGAUGCAGUGUCCAAAGUUCUCCUUCAGUAUGGAACUGGGGUGUGCAGUACAAGGCAAGAGAUGGGAAAUUUGGAAAAACAUGAGGAGCUGGAAACAUUACUAGCUCGAUUCCUUGGUGUGGAGUCUGCUUUGGUAUUUGGAAUGGGGUUUGCAACCAAUUCAAUGAACAUUCCUGCAUUAGUUGGCAAGGGCUGUCUAAUACUGAGUGAUGAGUUGAAUCAUGCAUCUCUAGUACUAGGAGCAAGACUUUCAGGAGCAACAAUUCGUAUCUUCAAACAUAACAAUAUGCAGAGCUUGGAGAAGCUGCUCAAAGAUGCCAUUGUGUAUGGGCAACCUCGCACACACAGACCCUGGAAAAAAAUUCUCAUCAUUGUUGAAGGCAUAUACAGCAUGGAGGGAUCCAUAGUCCGACUACCUGAAGUAAUUGCUCUUAAGAAGAAGUACAAAUCUUACCUCUAUGUGGAUGAAGCUCAUAGUAUAGGAGCGCUGGGUCCCAAUGGCCGAGGUGUAGUGGAGUAUUUUGGACUUAACCCAGAGGAUGUGGAUAUUAUGAUGGGGACAUUCACCAAGAGCUUUGGAGCUACUGGAGGUUACAUUGGAGGCAAGAAGGAGCUGAUUGAUUACCUUCGUGUCCACUCACACAGUGCAGUAUAUGCUACCUCAUGCCCUCCUCCUGUUCUUGAGCAAAUAUUCGCAUCAAUGAAGUGCAUUAUGGGUGAAGAUGGCACAACGCUCGGAAAGCUGCGUGUACAGCAGUUGGCUGAGAAUGUAAGGUAUUUCCGAAGGCGACUUAAGCAAAUGGGCUUUAUCAUCUAUGGAAAUGAAGAUUCCCCUGUUGUACCUUUGAUGCUGUAUAUGCCAGCAAAAAUUGGUGCAUUUGGACGAGAGCUGUUGAAACGGCAUAUAGGUGUUGUGGUUGUGGGUUUUCCUGCCACUCCAAUCAUUGAAUCCAGAGCCAGAUUUUGUGUGUCUGCAUCUCAUACCAGAGAGAUGCUUGAUAUUGCUUUAAAGGAAAUAGGUGAAGUUGGAGACUUGUUGCUGUUGAAAUAUUCCCGUCAUCGAUCAGUACCUCUUCUUGACCGACCUUUUGAUGAGACUACAUAUGAAGAGACCGAAGACUGAAUGCUUUCCAUGUCAUUUUGUAGAUGGGCACACAUCUCCGAACUCUGUGGCUCAGAGGCCUUGGUUCUUGAACGAAACACUUAAUGACUGCUUAGCAAAAACACAAUGACUUUGUACUCACAAACUGAAGUGGCCAUGGCAGCCCUAAAUGGUGUGUUGUAAACAGCAAAACAAAACUUGGCUUUUACUACUAUUGCUUCAAGCUCGUGCCCUUGGGAGGAGCAUGGCUUAUAUUUUUAAAAUGCUGCUGCUUUAUUACAGUGAGGCCACAGUGUCCGUUGUUGGCAGUGGGUACAUUACACUGUCCCGUGGGCAUUGUUAAUAUGUCUUAGGAUGCUGCAGUGCUUCUGUCACACAUUUCCUUUUUCGUAAAGUCUAAUAUUCUUGAGAGUGCAAAACCAGCCAGUUCGUGCGGGCAAGGCUUCUGGGGAAAUCAUUGACAGCUAACUUAAAUAUAUUUAACAAGAAAUAAUCAACCAAAGUAUUUUCUUUACUAUUUAGUUUGUGCUUUUUUUGAUCAUCUUCAUUGUUAAAAUGCUGGCUGAUAUGUCACUUGAGGAACAAUAUUCAGUUCAAGGCACAAAACAGGAAAUCUUCCAGGGACUUAGCCACCUUGGUUAUUCCUCAGGGUAGCAAGUGUUCCUUCAUUAGGGUAAGUAGCAAAGUAGGAUAGAUCUUUUGGGGAGCAUUUCCUUUUCUUGUAUAGAAUUAUUCCAGUUCAGAGUGUAGCCAUGCUUCCAUUUUUCACGAGGAGUUCUAAGUGUUGCUUUUUGGAUUAUUGAGCAGCCUGGCUCACACAUGAGAAGUCAUGGUGGGAUGAUUUUUUUCCUCAGGUCUUCCUGUUAGAGCAGCUGAUAUUUUGAAUAUUGGGCAAAGGCAUAGCUUCUUGUUAUGUACAAAGCCAGGAUGAGUGGGCUAUUGGGGCGGUUGACAAGCCACCCACAACCCUAAAACAGCUAGCAAGUACUGGGUGGCUUGUCAACUAUCCCAUCAACCCUUCUUUCUGAGUUCACACAUAAAAAAGAAGUUACAGUUUGCACUGCUGUGCCCCAGAUAUUCAGAAUGGCAACAGCUGCCUCAAUAAAAAGGCCCAUGGGAAAAUUCACUCACAGUGGCUUCUUCUUACAUGCAAACCAGGCCUAUUCUUGCCUCCUGUGGCUUUUGCUUUUCUGAGGAAUCAUAUUUGAAUCAUUUCUUCCUAUCAGAGGAAAGAUCUCUUAGUUUAGCCUUUCCUACUUUUCCCAGUUUAAAUAUCUUAAUCCUAUUGAUUUUUCCCAAAAUGUUUACAAUAAGCCUUUGAAGCAAAAAGACAAUGAAUUGCUUUUUAGAAAAAUCGCAUUGGAAAAUGUCAUUCCCAGAAGCAAGUUAUGCUGAAACAUUAAUUAAUUGAUUGAUACAGGAAUACCUGACAAUUGGAAGUGUUUUAAAAGGCUACCCUAUUGGGCUCAGACUACAUAACUCAUGCUGAAGGAUUGAAUAUAGGCUGAGUGUAAGACGUUGAUGACCACACCUCAACCCACAUGUGUGGGUUAUCAUGUUGUCUAAACCCAUUCAUAUUUUUUUCUCUCUCUCAUGAGCAUACACACAUCAUGAAGUCUCAAUAUCCAUGAAUUACUGCUGUAUUCUUUAACCACAGAAGUGUAACAUUUUUCAAUUAGAAGAUUUUUUCAUUUCCCCCCCGCCCUUGAUUUUUGCAAAUGAUUAUUCCUAACAUUGAGAUAUUCUGAAGGUUUGCUAGUUCACCUGAAGAGCUUCUGCCUCAAAAUUGUUAGCCUUUGUUUUCCCCUUCAGUGUGUCAAGAACUUUAUAUCAAGAGUAAGACCCCCAAAGUAUGAUCAGAAUUAAGAAAUAGUAUUUGACCAAAGGACAGAUUGUAAUUGCUAAUACUUGCAAUACAAUUUACCAAGGCUUGAAGCAAAGGCAGAGUGAAGCAUUGUGCUGUACAAGGCAUUAGCUGGCACUGAGCAUCUGAUUGUGUAUAUUGAACAUGUUAAGAAAUUUUGAAAUUUAGCAGUACAAAAAAAGUCAUGCUUUAUCUUCUUACCCAUGCGGGCUUACCAAUACGCAGGAAGAGAGAGUCAAAAUAGUAACUGAAAAUUUUCAUUUCAUCCAUAUUCUUGGUAUCUUGAAAUAGCUUGAAAAAUAUUCACUAAAAACUGGUUUUGCUGGAAAUUGUGGUUUUUCACUUGCUUUUAACAGUACCUCUUCUGAAAAAUCUGUUACCACCCCCAGUUUGUAUUAAUGCUCAAUGAUGGCGUUAAGUUAUAUAUACCCACCAUUCCAAGGUUUCUUCUGUCCAGAAUUACUGAGAAGUAUUGGGAGUGACAUUCCACAUUUUUAUAUUGUCAAGUUGUUAAAGGGUAGCACAAUAUAUUACAACUGUUUUUGGAAACUUUGGUGUUAUAAACAGUGUCUUAUGCAGCAAACAUGUAAGGUAUGAAGGUAAGGUGUGCAGAGAUCAGUGCUUCCUGCAGCAGUUGUAAAUGCACUGCUGCUCUAACUUACAGAGCAGACCUUGGGACCAAAUAAAAUAACUAAAUAAUUUUAGAACCAUUCCCUAAGAAUUCAGCAAAGAAACCUGCUACCACUGGUUCAGAAUAAGACUACUUGUUUAGUGGCUGAAAAAUCUUCAUUAGUUUUUUUUUGUUUCUCUCCUUGUAAAUAGAAAUACAUGUGCACAGAAGCAGUCUCAAUAUACUACAAAAUUGUUUGGGUGGAAAGAGUUUGUAUAAAAUUUAACAGUAAAUGCAGGUUGUGCUUGAGCAUGGUUUUAUUGAUUGCAGUGUCCGCAGCUGCAUUUGCCAAAGUAUUUCAAUAAUACUUGAAAAGAAUGCAGGACAGCUUACCUGGAUAGAUUAUUUAAGGUGGUGUUCAAGCUACCUCCAAACUGAACUCUUCAUGUCUGCCUUCAGAAACAGAAGAUUUCUGUUUCUGUGCAGGGACAGUACAGUGAAUUAUGGACUGAUGUUCCUCAGAAGGGUUUUGGUUUGGUUAUGUUCUAAGUGAAGGGGAGAAGACUGCAGGAGACAAAUCCUACAGCCUUGUCUACUGUUUUUCUUUGCAUUCUUUUGUAGACUGACCACUAGUAUAUUUGAGGUAGGGAUGGCAUAUAAAAAGACCAGUAUUUAAUAUUUACCAUAGGAUGCAACUGUCUGUCACAACAUCAGGAUUGUCUCUUCUAUACCAACUUCUUCUUCCAGGAUAAUUGAUAGCAUCAUUCUUGGAACCCCACUGUUCUCACAAUCAGUAUGGUGCACAAUAUGAUAUCAUUAAGGGAGUGAAAAAAGCAACUUCCCCAGGUUUUGAGAGGGCUUUUUACUGCCUGUAUGAUCUACCUCUGGGAAAAGUAGUUGCAGUUGUUAUCGGUAGUUAGGAUAACAGGUGGUCUCUUGUUGAAAGAGCAGAUAGACUAUUUUCCUCCCUACUGGAAUAUUCCAGAAGGCCAGCACUACACUGAAAUGUAUCAACUCAAUGGGUUUGGCUACCUGAUCCAGAAAUGGACAGUGAGGGUUGCAGACUUAUUGUUACCAUCAUAGUUCUUGCUGUACCACAAGCCAAUUUGCUUGCAUUGCAGUAAUUAAGCACUUAGCUUCCAUUUGCCUGACUUAAAUCACCUAAAUGGUUAUAUCAAAAAAAAUGCUCUUGCAUGUUGAAUUUCAUGCUCAGAUGGAAAAGCUAGGAAAAAGCACUUGCUGUGUGACAGUUACCUCUUUACCUGUUGAUGUGGGUUCCCACCCCCAGAGCAAGCACAAUGGGAAGAAAAGCACUAACUUGGGGGGAUCAAAUGGAUCUCCUGAUGUAUAAGUUGAUAUACCUGGUAGCAACUUUCUUCCUUUAUGCCCCACAAAUCUCAUUAUAGCAUGAAGUGCUGCAUCUCAGCUUAGGAAGCUUGGCAAUGAAUGGUCUUCAUCAAGUACAUCUGUUAGCAAUAUCCACCACUGUCCUCUGCUUUAAACAGUGCUAAGUAUUUGGAUGCUACCUGCUGUAUUAGGUCUGUAUCCAAUAAUGUGUUGGCUGCCUCGGGACUGGACUACAAAAUCUAUAGGACCAUCAUCUAAAUGAGGAAUGGGUUCUUUUUCCAUUUGUGUUUUGGCUUGGGGAGGGGGUUCAAGCAAUUUAAGUGUACUGUCUAAGGGGUACAUUUCAAACAGAUACUCCUGGGAAUGAAUUCUAGACUGUAUGUAGUAUAGUGUGUUUUGCAAAUACAUGUAUGAAAAUAUGCUUGCCCUUUCAAAAUGCAUACAGUUGGGUAAAGCUCAGGUUCCUGCUGACAUAUAUUUUAAAGACACACAUUUGUAUUCAGGCAUGCAUACCAAAUAGUGAAGUGAAAAUCCGAAACAGUCUGUGCAGUGACACUGGGAGAAAUAUGACUAUGUUCUGGAAAUUGGGGGCAAUUGUUUCUUUAACCAACUUUAAUGCUAUUUGACUCCUUAAAGUAUGUGAGACUACUUUAUGAAAGGCCUUAAAAUUAAACAACUUGAUUUCUGUGCUAAAGGAUCAGUUUAUUGCCGAAUGCACUCUGCCUUUUAGUAAUCUAACAUGACUUGAGGUCCGUUCAUGUGCUUAGUAGGUCAUUCUAUCAAGCUUAAAGGAUGACUGCUAAUUCUUAGUCAAGGCAUCCGGACUUGUAGGUUCACCCACAAAGUUUUAUCAUGCACAUGGUCUCUACUGUUAUCACAAAGUAUAUUAGAAAAUUGUGCCCUGAUGGUAAAAGUUCAUUUCAACAAGAAGUUUGCAUUUUCUCUCUAAUCUGGUAAAUAUUGGCUGGAAUGCUAAUAGUCACCACGUUAAUCUUACAAGGUAGACGUUCUUUGGCAUGUCAGAGUAAAUAGGGGGAAUUGCCUACAUCCUGGCUGGCUACUUUACAGUUUAUUAUAUGAAGCAUUUAAUGAAGUCUGACUUUUUUAUGGUAUGAUGAAUAUAAAUUUGUUGCUUUGAGCUUUAUUUGCCUGUAAAAAAGUUUGAAAGGUGUCCAAGCAGAUUUAAAAGUGAUUUUUGCCCCUAUAUAUUGUGCUGGACAUUAUUUAGGGGCUCCUAGAAGACUACUGAUUGGAUAGAAAAUAACUUACUCAUGUAGGUAGCUAUUGGUAGCAGCUGGCAAGUUGCUUGCUCAUCUGUGAACACAGGUGUAUCUCUAGAAAAGGUGAGAUACAAAAGAAGGUGACAUGAUUCCAAAAACACUGUCUGAAAACAAAGUGCACUGAAAUAUGCAAACUUUCUCUGUGUUAUUUUCCAAAUGCACCUUUUUUGGCCAGUAUUUCAGUAACUCCUGCACUAAAACUGUGUCCUGUAUUGAUGUGCUACUGUAAAGAAGGGCAAAUUUAGGAGGAAAACUGCAGGGGAAAUCAAUGUAUGGAGCUGGAGGCUUUGGCUUAUCAGCCCCAAAGCCAAUGGUGGCCCAUAUUUUUAAAGCCCUUGGGCAGGCAUGCCCCUCUGACUUGUAAUUUCUACAUCACACUGUGCUCCUGUGCCUGCCUGGUAAUACUGUAAAUAUAUCCUAGAUUUUUAUAAAUAUUUAACAUUUUAAAUAAAAUUUUUAAUUCCAUCUCCCAAAUGAAAUGCUACUUUUUUAUACCUUGAGCAAACACCACAAAGUUGGGUACCAUGUGGGUAGGGAGGAGGAAGAGAAGCAAAUCCUACAUUGGCUUUUAAGAAAGUAACAAUGCAUGUUAAGUGGAAAGAACCUACUUGACAUAAUCUAGUUAUGUUCUGCUUAAUAAAGACUUCACAAAAAGCA